GAGCUAGGGAUCGCAAAAAUCAAUAGUUGGUAUCGUCUUUCUUGCAGUAUUUAGUCUUCAUUAUGACAGAUCAACCCCAGAGUCUGAAAGAGCUGUUUCAGGCGGCCAAGGAACAGAAACUCUCAUUAGAGACCAGCGCAGAACCAAACAGCGAUGCUUAUCGUCAGCAGGUGUCGGACACUAUCAACAAGCUACAAGAAUGCCAGAGGUUGAUCAGCCAGCUCUCGCUGUUCAGCUCAAACGAGGGUUUAGAGGAUGUGUCAACCGCGAAUUUGCAGUUCUUAACCGUCGAUCACCUCCUAGCUGAAGUCGUCCAGCGUGCCUCAUCGACCGACCGCGAAGCCGUACUGCGUCGCGCCCUGGGAGAAUAUGAAAAGUUCCUAACACGGCUUGAUGAUUAUGGACUGUUAUCGGACCGCGAUAAAAAACUGUUUGAACAAUACACAGAGAACCCAGCUCGAUUUUCACUCGCUUUAAAGAACGAUGCCGCCAACAGACGUGAAGUUAAAGUUGGCCGGUUUCGGGAGGAAAAGGAGCUCAAACAGAAGUUAGAGUAUUUCAGGCAGAAUGAAAAUCGACUCCAGAGUGAUGAUGAAGCGACGAGGAAAUUAUACCUGGCCGAAAUAAAUCUCUACACACAUCAGACUUUCCAAUCUCUCGAUAUGAUUGCUCAGGAAUUAGAAAUGCUAUCACAAAUGCGACAUGCGCCUCCCGUUUCAGCUCCGCAGGAUGAUCCAAGGAGUAGGAAUACGCCGGACAAAAACAAUUAUUCCGAAAGGCUAGACGGUCCCCUCAGCCAACUUCUCCAGGGUGGCCGAGGAGGUCCCCUCCUGAGCAAAUCCGGAAAACCUCUACAACCAUUUACGCUCACGAAUAAGCGUACCGAGCUCCAGCAAGGCGUCUUUAGACCAGGACAUAAUCUGCCUACUAUGACUAUUGAUGAAUACUUGGAAGAGGAACGAAGGCGUGGUGGUAUCCUUGAAGGAGGAACCAGCAACGAGGUUCCGGAACCUGACGAGGAUGAUUUGGAUAAGGCUGAUGAAGAGACGAUGAAAGCGCGUGCUUGGGACGAGUUUAAAGAAGAUAACCCGAGAGGAUCAGGAAAUACCUUAAACAGAGGUUGAUGUCUCUAGUCUCUUGCCGGCGAGGGACAAUUUGAAUGCAAGUGUGAGUAUAAAUCUCGCCAAUUAUUUACAUUGGGACUUUAUACCAGCUUUUGUCCUGUUGACUUCUAAAACACAUGUAUGCAUUCAGGAGAUGCCCAGCGUCUCCUUAUAGAUGCCAUCUGAGCUGUAUCUAAUCAACACUGUCUUGUCUAAUCAUGAAGUAACCUUGUUUUGCUUAAUUUCCUCAAGAAUUGGUCCAGCGCCAUUCGCAAUUAGCUCCUGAGCCAACUCCAAUCCAAAUGUCUCGGCAGCCGCGGCGCUCUCAAUGACUUUCUCCAAUUCAGCAGUAGAAUGGCGUUUACCAUCCACACUAACAAUGAUGGAUCGGACAUGCAGCUUUGUCGUGCCUUCCACCUCGUUGAUCCACUCUGAUUCUACACCAAGUGGCGCACUACAUCCGCCUUCUAUUGUUCUAAGCAAACUGCGCUCAGCUAGAACUUCCUUGAACGUCUUCUGAUCCCCGACCUUGUUGAGCAUUUCCAGAACGAGCCCAUCAUCAGAACGGACCUCAAUGCCGAUCGCACCUUGGCCCACGGCAUAUAAGAGACUGCCACUCCUCGAGUCAAGAUAUUGCGUGAUUCUAUGUCCCAUUCCAGUCCGUAAUAAUCCCGCCGCUGCUAGGAUAAUGCAUGUGUACGGGCUGUCUUCUCCGUCUAGUUUCGCCAAUCGCGUGUCAAUGUUACCGCGGAGGCUUUGAACUUUCAAAUGUGGGAAUUUCAUGGCCAAUUGAGCCGUGCGGCGGAUUGAUGAGGUCCCCACGACAGAGCCGGCAGGAAUUUCCGCGAGAGAGGUAUACGGAAGACCGGGCUUGACUAUAAGCACAUCUCUUGGAUCUUCACGAGGAAGAACGCCUCCUAGGGCACAAGUAGGGGGUAGUAAGGUAGGGACAUC